ACGUUUCUACUGCGGUUUUAAGUUGAUCGGGCGAAUAUCAGUGGUUACCCGAGCACUCCGUUCCCUCCACCCCACAGGUGUAAAAAUUCUUGCGGAGGGUGUUAAACACCAAUCAAAUCAGAGUUAUCCAGUUCAUAUCAACGGAUUUAAGGCUUCUUUUGCUGUCGACUACUAAGUAAUAUUCGCUUGUUCGAAUUUCGCUGUUCCCUUGUCUCUGCUGAGACAUUCACUUUUUGGAAUUUCAUUGUUGUUGGCUCUGCUGAAGUAGUCACUUUUUCGAAACUUGCUCACCUUGGCUCUGAGGAGGAAUUCGCUUGUUUGAAUCUCGUUGUCGUUGGCAGAGCUCUGCUGUAGUAUUGGCUUGUUCGAACGAAAACCACUAAUCAUUUCACUAUUGUUAUGUCUUUUCUUUCCCUUGAAGUGUGUGGAGGUAGCACGAGCGGCCAGGACACCUCUCCACUCUUCAUUAGGACAUUAUACAGCGGUGUGUGUCGUGAAGGAACGGCCGUAGACACUGCCAUAUUAACUGUGACUGCAUUCGAUGCGGAUCCAGGCCCCGCCGGAAUCAUCGAUUACACUCUGCAGGAAAACAACUUAUUCAAAAUCGACGACAGAGGAGCUGUCAGAGUGAAGUCCCCCAUAGACGCUGAGAACCCGGAUGUUGGUGACGUUAUGACUUACAUUGUGACGGCCACUGACAGGGGCACGCCGAAACGAUCAGGAACGACAAAUCUGUCCAUACAAAUUGUUGAUGAGAACGAGGCUAGACCGAGAUUUGAGAAGUUUCUUUAUUUCGCUGACGUGUAUCAGAACGAUCAAAUUGGAACUGUUAUACUGACGCCAAAAGCUCAUGACCGCGACAGGGACGCCACUUUGGUGUAUGACAUGUUCAUCUUGUCGCCAUAUUUCCACAUCGAUAAUCGGACUGGAACAGUCAUGGUAGACAAGGCUAUUGACUACAAGGAAGUAGUCGAAUUUUACCGUGGUCGUUCCGUCUUUCAAGUCAAAGCCAGAGUGACAGAUGGCCGCUACCUCAGUAUAGUCACCAUUGUAACAAGAGUUCAUACGUCAGAGAGAGGGUUAAACAAUCUACUGACGACCACCCAGCCACCCCCCACUACUACAGCACCAGGUUGCACGAUAGAAGGUCGUCGGUACACGGAUGGUGAUCGAAAUCCUGAGAAUAAUUGUGAGGUUUGUCAGAUGGACGUCAACCCUACCUCCUGGACUCCAACCUUAAUCCCUCUCCGGGCAGGAGGGAAAGACACGUGUGAAAGUAUCUGCCUACACCUGUUGAACAACGUGCCUACCUAUCUGAAUUUCGCCUGUAGUUUUCCCUUCGACGUGCCGCUUUCUUUGAUUCACAACAUUUGUUACGUUGAAGAUGUGGACUUGUUGGCUUCCAUCGACUGUCCUGACACGACCAGUACCGUAUCCCGGCUCUCAGCCUUCUGUGUGUAUCAAGAUCUACAAGCCGCCAGAGCGGACCCCGCGGUCUGUCCUUGAUCCAAAGAACCAUUGCAAACCCGCUGACAGUCAAAUAACAAACCCUCCCAAACCAAACGACCUGGUUAUGUUACUUGUAGUUAACAACCCAAUUUUCAAUCAGGUUGGCUUGCCGUAAAAUCAGGACUGAUGACAGUUUGGUAGCUUAUCAUGAAGGUCACCUACGCGUUCACAUAACCAAUAUGUGACAAUGCUGAAUAUAUUGUUUAUGGUAUCGUAAAUUAAUUUAUGAAAUCGUUUUUGUCGAAAAUAAUUUGUGCAUUUAUUUAUUAUUUAUUUAACUGUGUAAUUUGUGUAUUUAAUUAUUAUCUAUCUAUUUAUUUAUGUAUUUAUUUGUGUCAUUUGUGUACUUAAAUAUUAUUUACUUAUUUAUUCACUUACAUGACAGCGGUCACAUUUAUUAGUAGAGGGCACCAGUGCCCCGGGAGUAAAUGACCGCUCUUCAUCAUGUGCUCGACACCUAUGGGAUGUCUUUGGCCUAUAUUGCUGGUUCUUGACUCAGUAUUAUUCAUGUCUCGCUCAUAUAGCACUGUUUUUCACAUCAGCCCCAUCGUCUUGCUGCAUCUAAUCGCCAUAUGCUGAAUUUUAUAUCUGCAUAAUAAUUUACUUAUGCGUGAUCAUGUGCAUUUUGACCCGCCCGGAUAGCACAGUUGGUCGAGCGUCCGCUUCGGGACCGGUAGAUCCAGGAUCAAUCCUUGAUCGAGUCAUACUUAAGACUUUAAAAGAGGAAGUUGUAACUUCCUCGCUUGGCGUUCAGCAUGAAGGGGAUAGUGCAACGACUGGUUGACCCGUAUCAGUAUAAUGGCUCUGGCGGGGUUCUUUUACUUGCCUUCGGUAAGUCGUCCCAGUGAAGCAGCACUAAAUAAAAGAGUGGUGGAAAUCCAUCCGGGAACAAGAAGGCACAUUACACGUACAUGCACCCUAAGGAUUCCUUCGUCGUCAUAUGACUGAAAAAUUGUUGAGUACGACGUUAAACCCCAAGCACUCACUCACUCAUGUGCAUUUUAUUUUGUGUGAGUUAUUCAAUAAAGAGCCU